AUGGUACACGAUCAUUCGGGAUCGAUGAACCGAUUAGUGGAUUUGAACUAUAACAGUUUGGAGGCGUUGAAGACUGCCUGUGAGCUGGUGCCGAAGCAGAAACUGAUUAUCGAAAGACUUCCGUCUGUCAGGUUUGUUGUCAUACCAAAAAAAUUUCUUUUUGUGCACAAAACUUUGUCCUACGGAGCUUUCUCCCACGUGGAACGUUUAUUCGAUGAAGCAUCGCUGAAACAACGCGAAGGUGAUGAGGAACAAAGCUAUCAGCUACUCUCUCGAAUGGGUGUUAUCUCACAAUUGUUGAUCAGCAAAAAUGAUUUCAAACAGUUCAAGUCGACUCCGGAUGGUCGUCGCUUCUAUGACUUGUUCAAAACUUGUAUUUCUCGUAUGAGGGAACUUGAAGAGAGUCUUGAGAAGCGAUAUGAGCUGAAAGAAGUGGAAGAGUUAUAUCGCAAAAAAGAGAUGCAUCAAAAUGAGACAACGGCAGCUAUUAGCAAAAUGGUGUCGGCAACAAACGGUACUACUAAUCAACAACCGAAGCUUUCUGAGAUUCAGCCUGAAUCUGACAUUGGAUUCACAAUAACGCCACGUCAGUUAGUACGUUUCGCCGAAAGCAAUCAUCAAGUUUUGAUAAUUGACUAUCGUUCGGUUCAAGACUCGUUCAUCAAAUACGAAAAUGUCGAUCGAGUACUUUUAGCGCAUGUACCGUCCGAUGCAGUUGUGCCUGGGUUACUUAUUUGUUUAUUCCUUUUUAGUUAUAACACAACGCUAAGAUUGCGUCGUGCUCCGGUAUUUCUGGAUGGUGGUUUCGAUAAUUGGAAAUUGCAUUAUCCAAUGUUUACGUCGGAUCGAAGGAGUGCGAAACGCAUCUUUUGCAAUAUCAACGAUCAAAGUGAAUUCGCGAAAGCUGUUGCCGAGUUUAAAAAAGGUUGGUACGAGUUUGUGUGUGAUGGUUGUUGGGAAUGGCUCGAUAAAGCCUUCACAUUGGCUUCCGAAAAGAGCAUUUUAAUGAUGGUCUCUUAUGGAAGCAAUGUGCAUCUUAACAUCCAAUCUUUACAAUAUCCUGAUCUACUUCAUCGAGAGAAACCGCCUACUGCUCCAACAGCAGCAGCAGCAGUGCCCUCAACACCGGCGGUGCCCACUCGACCGGAACCACCAGAUUCUAGUUCUGCAGCACAUCAGCAGAUGAUUUAUCCAAGUAUGAAUGCAGAAGCCCGACCUUCUGAGCCUGCUUUUCGACCUUCUGCUGCUGCUCCUUCAGCACCGAGCAAGAACGCCAGUGGAAUAGCAACAGCCCCUAGUGUUUUGCUCAUCCGCCAUCCGCUCACCACUUACGUCCAGUUAUUCCCGACCGAAGCGCUAAACCGCAUAUCGCGUCAAGAUGUCAGGUGUAAGGUUUGCGAUAAGGAUGUUUAUUUCAGCGAUGAUGUGCAUAGAUUGUUGUUUUUGUAUGAUUCGAUGACGAAGUCGAUCCAGUCAGGAGCGCAUUCGAAACGUGUCAAUGCUGGCUAUACUGGUCUCUAUAAUCUCGGUAAUACUUGUUUUAUGAACGCAACACUACAAGCACUCUUCAAUACACGCUAUUUGAAGAAUAUCUUCACGCGGGACAAAUUCGCUGGAUUUGUCAAUCGGUUCGUUAUUCUCUUUUGUUUCUUCUUUGAUUCUUUUAUUUGUUUUAUUCUUAUUUUUCGUGAUGGUAUUUGUGAAUUGUUUCUCUCAAUGUUGGAGCACAGUCGGUCGUUUCAAGAGUUGAGUUGCUUCAGAGGCAACAAAAUGGGAACAUCCGGCGUGAUAUCAGCGGCAUUCUCGGCACUAAUGGAUGCCGUAUGGAGUGGAGCGUACUCUGCAAUACGACCACAACAAUUUCUUGUUGGUUUUGUUUGGGAAUUGAAAAUUGUUUCCAUUUUGGUGGCGGUGCAGCGUCCAGUCUCAUUCGAGCAAAACUACACUGGUGAAAAUUUGUUCGAGGAAGCGGCAGAUUAUGAGAGGCGCUCAAAAAAAUUCAGUAGCUCACCGGUUAACGACAUAUUUGGUUGUCAAACAGUUUCGGAGCUUCAGUGCAAUACGUGUGGUUCACAGAGCGUCACGUUCGAAGAGAUGACUCAACUUUCGAUUGAAAUCCCAUCGGGUAGAGGUACACCCACACUAAUGGAAUGUAUUAAUGCGCAUUUCGAACCUGUUGUAUGUUUUUCAAUUACUGGUCACUUCAUUUUUAUUGUUCUGUCAUUGAUAUUGGAUAGGUCAUGUAAAUGGAAUUGUCCAACAUGCAAAACGUUGCAAGUCUCAACUCGUAGAACUAGAAUUUGGAGGCUCCCAAAAAUUUUGGUAAGUGUGGUACAUCUGAAAAGGUUUUCGUUUGGAGCAAAUGGUUGGGAGAAGAACGAUUCGUUGGUUCAUUUCAAUUGUUUACCGCUUGAUGUGGGCGAUGUGGUUCAUAAGGAUAUCAGAAAGAAAUAUCCGUCCCGGAGCAAUUGCUUCAGUUUGUACGCCGUUACGAGACAUUCGGGUCGUCUGAACAGUGGUCAUUAUACAUCGGUGGUGCACAACGAACAGACAAAAGAAUGGCUGUAUUUCGAUGAUGAAUGUGUGACGUCGAUUAAUCCCGAUUCGAUAUGUAAUAAAAACGCAUUCAUUCUCUAUUUUAAGAGUCAUAAUUUAUAA